GUUGAAACAAUAAACAAUAAGUUUGUUGGAACGCCUAAAUUGUGACUGUGCAGACUCCUGACGACCACCGGCUAUUUCUGACUGUUGUGUUUAUAAAUGUUUUUCUCUAAUUACAAUACAACUCUUUACAAUACAAAUCAAUUAGCUUACGAAUGUUAACGAAUUUUCGAAAAAUGAAAUAUUUUGGUGUUUUGCUUUGUUUUACCAUCGUUUGGAGUUACAAAUUACCUGGUGCUAUAAAAACUUGCCACAGAAGUCAACCGGACUUCGCCGAAUGCGUUGCCAAAGGCAUGAGAGUCGGUCUGGAAGCCUUUGCGUCAGGAAACAAGGAGAUGGGAGUGCCCCCGUUGGAUCCUUACUUUGUCGAAAAAUUGGAUAUCAAAACGGCUUCUUCCAGCGGCAAUUCGGUCUCCCUUCAUUUGAUUUUUAGCAAUUUGCUUGUUCACGGUAUGACAAAUUCCGAUGCCGUACACAUGGAAUUGGACGUGGAUAAGGGCUGCAGUUGGAUAAUGGACGUCGAUACUGCUUUGAUUAAACUUGAGGGUGAUUACGAGGUUGAAGGAAAAGUUUUGGUGUUUCCGUUAAACGCGCGAGGAAAGGCUGUUGUAUCACAAGUGAUGCUGCAUAAUAGGCACAGCAUGUGGUGCGAGAAAUAUAAGAAAAACGGGAAAACAUAUAUUCGUUUUACGAAUUACACCAUGGAUAUGCAUCCUGAAAAGAUGAUCUAUAACUUUUCCGACGUUUUCCCGUCUAACAAGCAAAUCGAAAACGAGAUUAGUAAAACGCUGAACGAAAACAGUAUAGAGAUUUUCAAUGAAAUGAGGAGUUCGUUCGAGCAAAUAUUUUCUACAAUACAUAUUACAGUGGCUAAUCAAAUCUUGUCUAAGAUUCCUUUCGACGAAGUAUUUUUGCCCUAAAUGAAGAUCGCCUGCGUAACCAUAGUAAAUUCAUUGAUUAUUUUAAAUUGUAACACGCACAUUAAAUAAAAAGAUAAAAAAA